GUCCAGAGGGCGCACCUGAGCCCGGGCACUUGACACAAGACCACACCGGCAAGGUCGGGGUUCCACCGGUGCUUAUUCACUCUUACUUUAUCAGGCCUACAGUAGCCUAUAUAUUUCAGUAUUAUUAAGUCUAUCAAGUGUUUACACUAUGGAGGAUCCUUACAAGCAUCCUGUUUUCUUCGAGUUUCCCAGUCUGGACGAAGAGCAACGGAAGAGAAUAGAAACCUACUUCCAUAUUCGCCGCAAAUCAGGAGGUGGAGACUGCGGCUCGAUAACAAACAUACAUGAUAAAGUGUACAGCAUCGCCUUUAAAGAGCGAGAAGCUCAGCGAAGAGUCCUGCAGAGAUCUGAACAUGUGUUGGAGUUUGCAGGUGGUCCUCUGGUGCUGACUGUGCGAGACAGCCCAGAAUCUUCCCCCUGCUCUCCCAUCACUACCUUGACUACAAACAAGUCAGUUAGCCCAAAUCUGGACUCCACUUCAUCACAGCAGAGACAACAGUCCAGUCUUAUUUCAAGCCUGCCAAGUGGUGAAGAAUAUGAACUACAUGUUGAUGCUUACCUUCUUCGUUACCUUAAGGAAUGUCCCAAGGCUGGGGAGAAACUAGAGAAAGAAUUUGCCUCUGUGGCCUGCUCUGCUCAGCUUUACCCAGAGGAGGGGAGGGUUUCAGUUAGGCGUUUAGCUCCACCUGGUGCUGCAGGUGAUGAUAGAAACUGGAAAACAGAGGUAGACAAAUUAUUUGAUGGCUACCUGUACCACUAUGAGGUAGACCCUCACAAAGUUAAAGCUUUGCUUCAGUCCUGUAGCGCUCAUCAGAGCACAGAUGAGGUGAAGGUGUACAGCGAGGAUGGGAUGGCUGUUGUUGUCGGUGAGCGUUCUCAGGUGAGCGCCAGGUUGAUGAAUGUAGAGGUCUCUUAUGUUAAACGAUCGUCAUGUGUAAGUGAGAAGCAAACCAGCAUUCGGCGACUGGGCGAGGCCAAGCUCCGCCUCCUCUGGAAAGAGAUCGAGCACAGUUUGGGACGAGAUUGUCCAGGAGUGAAGGUAACGCAGGGAGCUGCCGGUCAGUUAGUUUUGGAAGGUUCUGCGGAGGAGAUUCUUAAGGCUGGCAAUUGGAUCUCCGAUCAGGAGAAAUGGGUGUCGGAAAAGACGGUUUCUGACAUGAGCCCACAUUUUUUGGUCUUCUUGAGAAGGGCUUACGGAGCUCCAGGGGAGCUAGGUCACUUUUUAGGUGUUGGUAACAAAGUCAAAGUAGAGUUACGAGACACAGAGAUACGUUUCUUCUCCCUCUCUGCUGAUGAAAUUAAUGACACAGACAAAAAACUGCAUGAAAAAUUCAAAGAAGUUAAGAUUGAUGUUCCUUACUGCUCCGCUGUUCCCUCGGAGCUUCAGGAAAAGCUUAAGUCCAAGACAAAUGAGAUGAACCAAGGGCAAUACAAGGCUCAGGUCGUCUUUGGCUCAGGCAGCUCAGUGUGCUUACUGGGCCACACCAAAGAAGUUGAAGAGCUGAGUGAAGCUGUCACACAGUUUAUUUUGGACCAGUCAAGUAUAGAAGGACAAGUCAUUCUUCCUUACCCAGAGUUAGCACAAGAGUUACCAGGAUUGCUGCAGCUGCAUGGGUUUGACUAUUCAGGGGUAAACCUCCAUCCUUUGCCAUUUUGCUCUGGGCCCAUGGUGGUGCUGGAAGGUCCAUCCAGCAAAGUGACUGAGGUCAGGAACAGGCUGGGUCCAUUUCUGGACUCCCUGGUUCAGGAUAAAGUCACCAUUGACAUGCCAGCAGCAGUAAGAUAUUUCGAAAGUCCCAACGGAAAAGGGAACAUUUUAAGUGUUGCUCGUUCUCAGAAGUGUAUCAUACAACUUCAAGAACAACCUCAUGCUACUAGACAGAUUUUAGCAUCUGGAGACACAACAGUUGCACGCUACAGCCUCCGUGAUGGGUUCCAGGUGCUGGUGUGUCAGGGUGACAUCACCAAACAGGAUGCUGAUGCCCUGGUGAAUGCUGCUAACGAAGAUCUGGACCACGUUGGAGGGGUUGCUGCAGCGCUGAGUAAAGCAGGUGGCCCUCAGGUGCAGAAGGAGAGCAGAGUUCUAGUAAAGCAGACUGGAAAAAUUCCCACAGGUGAUGUGGUAGUGACCACAGGGGGGACCUUAAAGUGCAAGAAACUGCUGCAUGCUGUUGGGCCUGUAGGUGGAAAAUCAGGUGGCAGAGAGGGGCUGUUACUGGAAAAAACUGUCCAGUCUGCUCUGAAUUUAGCAGAGAUGAUGGAGUUCAGGUCCAUAGCCAUUCCCUGUAUUAGCUCAGGUGUGUUUGGUGUCCCUGUUAGUGUGUGCUCUGAGGCUAUUGUUACUGCUGUUAAGAAGUUUGGCAGUCAGGGAGGGAGAAGUCUGAGCAGAGUCAUCCUGAUUGAUAACAGAGGAGAGGUAGUUAGGGCAAUGCAGGAAGCAUGUGACUGGCUUCUCCAAGGGAUAAGUACUGGAAACAGUGCACCGAGAAAUCUGGGCUUCCAGAUGGAUGCUUCUGCCCAAGACACAGCAGGAGGAGCCACUCCUGGAGCUCCUGGAGGUGGUGUCCAUGUAGAGAUCAUUCAGGGAACCAUCGAGACCCAGCAGGUGGAUGGCCUGGUAUCCCCUAUGGUUGGCCAUGAUCCCCUCUCUACCCGUGUUGGAAACAUUUUGUCCAACAUUGUUGGACCGCAGCUGACUGCAAAGUUUCAUAAGGAAGCAGGAGGAGCGACAUUGCCUGGUGCAAUAGUCCUGGUGGAUGGCCUGCCUGCACUUCAUUCUAAAGGAGUGUUCUUCCUCAACCUGCUUCCAUGGGAUAAUAACCAACAAGGAACUGCAGUCCAGGUUCUGAGACAGGGCAUCAGAAAAAUGUUGGCUUCCUGUCAGAUCAGAGGCUUUAGUUCAGUUGCUCUCCCUGUGCUUGGGACCGGUGAGGUCCUGCGUUUUCCUCACAGCGUGGCAUCCAGGGUUGUACUGGAGGAGGUCCGUGAAUUUGAACAGAACCGAGUCACCAGAACAUCUUUCCUGAUAUGUGUUGUAAUCCACCCCAAUGACAAAGAAUCUAGCAAGGCCUUCCAGUCUGCCCAGGAAUCUUUACAUCUCAGAGGAUUCACAAAUGAUGCCAACCCAGACCAAGCUUCCUUUUACCGCCAUGUCUCCAUAACUAAUGAUGAGGUCACUGCCAUGUUGGGGGGAGUCAAACUUCAGAUGGUUUGUGGUGACAUCAUCCAGGAGAGAACCGAUGCCAUUAUCAACACAACCGACUUCUCCAACAACCCAUCAGGUGUGUCCCAAGCCAUUCUGACUGCAGCAGGGUCCGAUGUCCAAGCAGAGUUAGCACGAGUGGGCAUUCCAGCAGACCUCAUGUGCACAACAGGACCCGGGUUGCUUGGCUGCAAGGAAAUCUUUCAUGCUAGUUUUAAGUGUGACCCUCAGAUAAUUCGGGAGAAAUGCAAAAAGAUACUGAAGCAGUGUGAGAGCAAAGGCUUCAGAUCGGCGGCCUUCCCAGCUAUCAAUACUGGUAAGGGUGGUAUGGACUCUGACAAAGCUUGUAAAGCCAUGCUGGAUGGCAUGACUUCGGCUAUUACGGACCUGAAACCAAAUUCCCUCACACUCAUCCGCAUUGUCAUUCUCCAGCCACCCGUCUUCCAGGCUUUCAGAUCAGAGCUGGAGAACCGCUUUGGACAAACAGCUGCUCGCCACCUCAGCCUGAAAGAAAAAGCUAAACAAAAGCUUAAGAAGUGGAUGGACAAGUAUUCAAGAGCCUCCUCAACUUCAGCACCUCAAGUCAAAACCUUCACCUCCUCAAAGCCACCGCCAGCAGUGAUAAGUGUGAUUGGUUGUGGUGCAGACACCAUCAGGAUCAUCAGAAGAGAUCUGGAGGGGAUCCUGCAGAAGCAGCUGGUAGAGCGAGAGGUGGAUGUAGAUGAGUUUUCCAGGCUUGAUGCAAUGGAGCUGGAGGCAGUGCAGGCAAAAGUCAAAGUCUUCGGAAUAAGCCUGGAGCACAAGAGACGUCUAAGUGCUGAAGAUGUCAACGGCAACAGAGCAGGAAACAUAGCUAGAGAUUGCUCAGAGUCAGAUAGAGAGGUCUAUGUGCUGAAAGGCCUUAAAGAGGACGUGUUGAGCGUCAGUGACCUUGUAAACCAAGCAAUCCAAAAAGCACUUUGCGAAGAUCUCCAAGAUAAAGAAGAAGCGAUGUUGGCUCUUAAUGUCCAGUGGUCAAUUCAGGAUAUAAAUCAAUCCUGGAACGAGCUGAGCCUACAUGACAACUAUGUGCUGGAGGAGGCUCACAGGAAAAAACAAGUGUCUGUAGAUUUGAUGGCACCAGACUGCAAGGUGACAGUAAACCUGAGGACCCAAGAAGCCACAAAUGGGCUUACAGGCAUCACGUACAAAGUGAAAAGGAGCGAGUCUGACACAACCUUAGAGUUGCCAACACAAUGGGAACCUAUGAACGGAGAAGACUUUAAAAAGGUUGAGCUGCAUCCUAACUCAACCGAGUACCAGGACGUAGCCAAGGGUUUCCUCAAAACGGCUAAAUACAACAUUCUCAAAAUUGAACGUGUGCAAAACUUCUACCUGUGGCAUGCCUAUUCGGUGUGUAGUCAGCGUAUAUUUGCCAAAAAUGGUCCAGCAGACCUUGGGGAGAAGUCUCUUUACCAUGGCACAUCCGCAGAGUCAUGCAGCUGCAUUGAAAGGGACAGAUUUGACCGGGGUUACGCAGGAGCACAUGCUGCAGCGUAUGGAAAGGGAGUUUACUUUGCUGUCAAUGCAGAUUAUUCGGCCCGUAGAUUUUCCCCAGCAGACACGUCUGGUCUGAAGCGGCUGUAUGUGGCUCGUGUCCUGACCGGCCGUUACACUGUUGGUAGUCCUUCCAUGAAAGCCCCCCCUCCUCGAGGCUCAGACCCCACUGACCGCUUCGACAGUUUGGUGGACAACCAGCAGCAGCCCAACAUGUUUGUGAUUUUCCACGAUGACCAGGCCUACCCAGAAUACCUCAUCACCUUCAGCUGAGUAAAACUGAAAAAGUCAUGGUUCAACACUGUAGAAUGGUUACAGUGAUCCUGGUUAAAUAGUAAACAAUUGUGCUAGCUUAGAAUGUGCAACAAUUUGAGCCUUUUCUGCAUCAAGUUAUGUUGCAAAUGUCUUUAUUUAGGUGAAU